CCGCGAGUCUCCCGAGCGUCUGGACGUCUGACGUCAGAGGACAAAGUUCCGAGCCAGUGCGAGUCCGAGGGAGACUUUGGACAAUCCCGGGCACUGUUGUCAGCUACUUCCGGUCCUGUUGGACCUGCUUUGCCUCUGGACUCUUGGACGCAACACGUGACAUCAUCCUCGGAGACUUUAGUGCAGGACUUUGGAACAGCUGAGGACUUUGUAGCACCACUUUGGAAUAUUGGAGGACUUUGUAGCAAAUUAGUACUCCAUUUUGGAAUAUUUACAGAGUAUUAAAAGACUUUGAAGACAUGACGGCCAACAAGGACAAAAAGAGGAGCAGCUCGGAUCGCCGCAAGGAGAAGUCACGUGACGCCGCUCGCUGUCGCCGCAGUAAAGAAAGCGAAGUGUUCUACGAGCUGGCUCACCAACUUCCUGUGGCUCGCAGCAUCAGCGCUCACCUGGACAAGGCGUCCAUCAUGAGGCUCGCCAUCAGCUUCCUGCGCACACGCACGCUCUUUGCCACAGGCUGCAAUGGCAACGAGGAGGAGCAGAUGAGCAGCUUCUACCUGAAGUCUCUGGAGGGCUUCGUCACCGUGGUAACGUCUGACGGGGACAUGAUCUUCCUGUCGGAAAACAUCAACAAAUUCAUGGGGCUCACACAGGUGGAGCUGACGGGUCACAGCAUCUUCGACUUCACACACCCGUGUGAUCACGACGAGAUCAGAGAGAACCUCAGCCUCAAGACCGCCAGCAGCGGCUUCAGAAAAAAGAGCAAAGAGCAAAACACCGAGCGGGACUUCUUCAUGCGGAUGAAAUGUACGGUGACCAACAGAGGGCGCACUGUCAACCUGAAGUCUGCCAGCUGGAAGGUGCUUCACUGCGUGGGACACCUGAAGAUGUGCGACAGCGCCACCUCGCAGGUGCUGUGCAGCCUCAAAGACCCGCCCCUCACCUGCGCAGUGUUGAUGUGUGAGCCUAUCCCGCACCCCUCCAACAUCGACGCCCCUUUCGACAGCAGGACUUUCCUGAGCAGACACAGCAUGGACAUGAAGUUCACUUACUGCGACGACAGAGUAACUGAGUUGAUGGGUUACACUCCUGAUGAUCUGUUGGGCCGCUCAGUCUAUGACUUCUAUCACGCUCUGGACUCUGACAAUGUCACCAAAAGUCAUCACAACUUGUGCACCAAAGGACAGGCGGUGUGCUCUCAGUAUCGCAUGCUGGCAAAGAGCGGAGGUUACGUGUGGCUCCGAAGUCAAAGCACCGUCAUCUACAACAACCGCAACUCUCAGCCUCAGUGCAUCGUCUGCAUCAACUACGUCCUCAGUGACAUCGAAGAGAAGUCCACCGUCUUCUCCCUGGAGCAGACCGAGUCUCUGUUCAAGCCCCGCCUCCUCAGCAGCUUCUUCACAGGCGGAGGAGGAGGCCUAGACCCCGGUCCAGAUCCCGGUCUGGAUCCCGGCGACGCGCUCUUUACCAAACUCAAGGACGAGCCGGAGGACCUGGCCCAGCUGGCGCCCACACCUGGAGACACCAUCAUCAGCCUGGACUUCGGUGGUCCUCGUCUGGACGAGUCGGCAGAGCAGGCCACGUAUCGCCAGUUGUCGACUGCCGCCAUGCCCCCGCCGGGGCCCGCGUCCUGGGCCGGCGAGAUCCAGAAGGCGGUGCCGCCUCCAUCCGCAGGGGGCGGGAUUAACAUGGCGUCCUUGGUCGCUGCUCGGCAGAACCCGCCGCCGUGCAGCGCCACUCCCAGCCUGAGCAGCUGCUCCACGCCCAGCAGCCCAGAAGAUUACUACAGCACUACUGACAGCGACCUGAAGGUGGAGCUAACGGAGAAACUCUUCGCUUUGGACACCAAAGGCAACAGUCCUGUAUCUACUGAGAGGGACUUGAGUGACUUUGAUCUGGAGACAUUGGCUCCCUACAUCCCCAUGGACGGAGAAGACUUCCAGCUCAAUCCCAUCAUUUCAGACUCGGAGCCUCUGGAAGUGGGUGUGUCCAUGGGGAGCAGUGGUGGCGGCGGCAGCCUGGCUCAGUCCCAGCAAACCCCCCAGCAGAGCUUCAGCAACAUUGCCAGCCUCUUCCAGCCGCUGUCCUCGCCCCCUCAGCAGCAAGGCCGCUACCGGACCCAUCCCGCCGCCGCCUCCUCCUGGUCUGCGGGGGAGGACGGAGGCUGCGGUCAGGGGGAGCUAGACCCGAGGACGAGGUGCCACAUGAUGGGGUGCAUGCAGAACCCCCCAUACCAAGUGCCUGCCAGCACCCCUUUGUCUUCCAUGGGGGGCAUUCAGAACCUGCAGUGGCCUCCUGAUCCUCUGCUGACUUACCAGCAACACGCCAACAAAGGUUACCGCAUGGACUCUUUGUCUGGAGACCCGCGCCUGUCUUGCCAGCAGAACCUGCAGAGCGUCCUGCACAACCACAGGUCCAUGGAGAACUUUGGACAAGCUUACAGAGACCUGCGUCCCCCUCGUGUAGACAACAGCGUCAAACGCUCCUUCGAUCAAAUGGCGUAUAUCUUUCUGAAGCUGAACAUACUGAGGAUGAAGUGCUGGUUCUAGCACGAAGAGAGGCUGCAAGGUCGGCGGCGAGAGAGUCGUGACGCCAAAGUGGGCGGAGUCAUGCGUUGUCAGUGCCAUUGGUCAAAGACAUUCUUCUAUCCUUCAGCAACGAGGACACAACGGACCUUUUUGCAGCUGGACGUUUCUCACACCAGAUAUGACUGAAGUUCUACUAAUCAAGGACAAGCUGCGUAACUUUCGGCCAAAUAAUAAUUACAAAAUAUAUCCUGGCUAAUAUUGGCAAUCAUUGAAGAAUAAAGUUGAGAUGUUUAUACAUGAGUGUUAUUGCAUGAUGCUUAGUUAU